UCCGCGUUGCGCUGUGAGUGGCUAUGAGAUAUUAGAAACGCUGCCCUCGGAGUUUGUUUAAUUUAAGCAGGAUUGAUUUAGUUAAUCCUGCAUUGGCCAAAGCUCAAGCAACCUGAAAAGCAAGGGAUCGCCGACGGCCGAGGACAUCGAUCAACGGGAAGUCGUGAUGUGGCCGCAAACGCUGGAAAUGUCGCGGGACGAGUGCCGAGGCAUGCUGCGUCGACUUGAACUCGAGUCCUAUUCGCAUGUGGUGAGCGUUUUUCGCGCCCAAGGAGCCCUCAGUGAACCCAAGGCGAAACUGCUGGAGGAUCUGCGCCAGCAGUUCCACAUCAACCAGGAGCGCCAUCGGGCGGAAGUGCGGAGGGCGGCCAACGACGAGCAGCUGUGCACCAUUGCCGAAAACGUUUGUGGCCCCAACACCUGGCAGGAGUGGUCGCGCGAAGGACGGCGUCCCUAUCCUCUUCUUCCCAGGAUCAGUCCGCAAACAGCUCUUAGUAUCGCGGCCAAUGAUCUGGCGGCCAAAGCCUGUGAGGAAAAUGCCAAAUUGGCGGCUCCUGCCGAAACGGCGGUCCACUUUGGAGAAGCCCUCGUGGAGCAGGCCUCGCUGAUGAGCCUGAAAUAUCCUCGAAGCGGCAGGAACCAGGAUCAGCCCCUGGUGAUCUUGGAGGAGCCGUUUAAAGUACCCGAUGUGCCCAACGAGGUGAAGAAGAUGACCCAGAAGCGCAAGGAGAACGAGGGUGGAGUGGACGGCAAGCCAAACAAGAAGAGGCACAUGCAACAGCCACAUCCGCAGCAGCCACAUCAGCAGAUUCCCCAGCAGCAGUCACAGCAGCCCAAUCCAUCUGCCAAUCCUGCCGCCGAGGAGGGUGAACCUGUGGCCCUGGAGAAGCGGCUGAGUCCCCGCACCCUGCAGCAGCGCUACUUCUAUCAGCAGCAGAUGAAGCACAAGCAGCGACUGGCCAGCAAACGGAACCUGACCAACAGCCUCGGCUCGCCAUCGACGCAGUCGGGAAAUCCUUUGGGCGGCAGGAACGCAGCCUCCUCAGGGGGAGAUGCUUCGCCCGGCAAGAGGAUAGCAGCUCCGGCCAAAAGUGGUCGACGGGCGCAGAAGCAACUGCAGCAUCAGCAGCAACAAAAGUUGCAGCAACACCAGCAACAGAAAGUAUUAAUGCAAUCGGCGGAGACGGUGCCCAAUCAUUUGGUGGUACAGCCGCAUGUGGAGUAUGUGCUCGAUGAGGCGCUCAAAACGCUGGCGGCCACCACGCCUCCAACGCCGACGCCCACGUCCACAGCCACGCCCCCUUACACCUUCCUCAACGAUCUGAGGCCACUGGUCACGCUGAAGCCCCUGAAGCCGAUGAAACCUUUGGUCUAUGGGCCGCAAAGUGGAUCGGGAGCCGCUGAAAUCGGUUCACCCACAACGCCCGGCUCGCGAGGAUUUGCCAACUCACCGAUAGUUUUCAAGGAGAAGCUGCAGGCCUCACCGGUGCAGGUGCAAAAUCAGAGCACACCCGUUAAGAAGUAUGUGGUGGAGGAGAGGCAUCCGGAUACGCCGCCUUCGGCCGCCACCACGCCCACUCCCAUCUCCACCGCGAAUCUUCCCCUGGCUCCGCAGAUUAUCAGUGUUCAACAGAUCCCAGCUCCGCCAAUGGGCGCCAAAUUGAGGCCCGCCGUGGCCUCACCCACCAGUACCAACUCCACGCUCCUGCCACCGGGCUCCAAGAUCACGCCCAAGAAGUUCAACAUCCUCGAGGGCGAGGCCAAGCCGAAAACACUGCCCAGCUCAGCGGUUCGGCUGCUGCCCUACACGGAACCCAUCGGCAGUCCCCUGUCGUCGCUAAAGGAUUCCAGGGUCACUCCUUUGAGCAGUGCCUCCACGGUUAAUAUAAUCAAGAAUAUACCGGCCAGUAGUCUGAACAACACGCUGAUCACACCGCUGCCCUCGGCAGGGACCACAAUGCCGGCCAAUCUCUUUAGGGCAAAGGUGACCACACCGCAAAUUAAGGGUGCAACUGGCGGGACAGUGAGUGGUGCAGGUGGAGCAACCGUAAUUGGUGCAGCAGGUGGGGCAUCAGGUGCAGCCCCCCAAAUCCUGGGGAACAUCAAGCUAACCAGCAGCUCGGGAGGAGCGGCCACCAUCAAGCAGGUGCCCAGCAGUGCGCUGCGAAACAUCAAGAUUUGCUCGCCAAACGGCAAGGUAUUCCUGCAGCCAGGCAAACUGCCGGCUGGAAGCAUUAUUCACAAGCUGAACAACACGAGCAGCACUGCGGGAACUUCUGGGACAGGAGGCGUGGUGACCACCACCACGGCCGUUUCCCCCACGAAUCUGCCGGCGAGAGAGCAUAGGAUAAGCAUACAAAAGAUGCAGAUACUCCAGCCGGCCACGGGAAGUGGGAGCAGCGGAGGCAACAGUCCGACCACCACCACAACCACCAUUUCCGGCUUGAGUGCGAGUGCCAAGCAGCCGAGCUUGGGCAGCAAACCCACCACUCUGACCUUCGCCACUGCGGGCGGUGGUAAGAACAACCUGGUCUUCCUGCCGGCGAGUGCGGCGAGCGGGAUGAGGGCGCUCACUCUGGCCACCAAGCCCAAGUCCAAUGUGCUGGUCAUCGGAGCAACCACUUCCCCGGCGCCAGCGACCAGUGCAUCAUCCCCGAAUCCCUCAGGAGGCCAGAAGCCGAAGCCCAAUCAACUAAUCACCGAGGACACACCCAUCGAUAUCAUCAAUAUGCCAAUUAUCGUGGCGGACAAUGGCACCACAACGGAGCUCAAUCCGGGCUCGGUGAAGAAUUCGCCUUUGGUGGUGUUCAAUGCCACCGACUGGGAGAUGGAGCUGGAUCAGGCGGCCACCAAAUCGGCCACCACGCCCUCCAAACAAGCCCUGGACGAUGUCAUAAUCGAAGAGGACGAGGAGACCGAGGAGGAAAUGGAGGAGCGGAGUGAGCAAGCAUCUACCUUGGACCUGAACAACAGCAUCAUUGAACUGCACCCGGAGGAUGACAGUGCCAUCGAGUACGUGGACAUGGAUCUGGAGCAGCCCAUCGAGAUCGAGAGCACCAGCAACAUAUCGGCAGAGACGGCCACAACCACACUGAAGGCGGCCAUCGUUUCGGCAUCUCCGCAGCAGCAAAAGAAGCCAUUGGAACAGCCACUGGGAGCAGGAGCAGGAGCAGGAGCAGCUACCCUUUAGAUCGGCUAUCCAAUCGCCAAUUAAGUUACCUUAAACGAUCCCCAUUUCGAGAGAUUCGAGUGAGAGAACGCACACACAACACACACACCCAGCAGACCCGGUUUGAAUUAGAUUUAGUUAGUAGUUUAGCGUCAAUGUCGAGAGUUUUUCUUUUUUAUUUUUAAAUAUUCGCAACCCGAAGCCUUGGAGCAAAGUGCAAGAUUAUCGUAAACCGUUCGCUAUGCUUAUUCGUGGAGCCUAAGUUAAAGAUGAGCGUAUUGUUCGCAAUAGUUAAGUUGCCAAAUCACACAACCACCACUGUUCUAAACAUAUUAUCGUAUAGUGAAAAGUAUACCCUGGAAUUUGUGUUAGUUUUAGUUUUAUCCAUUCAUUUCAUCCGCCUGCAAUCUUUGGAGCCUGGAAUCGAUCCCCCUCUCUCCUGUAAAUAGGGCAGAUGCCUCUGCAGACUUACCUUAAUUUUGUAUAGCUUGUAAAUAGAGUCCACAAUUCGCCCCCUAAUCCUCAUCUUUUGCCUAGCAUAAUUUCGUUCUAGUUUAGUUGCCUAAGUUCAUCCCCAGAAAAAGAAAAAAAAACACAAAACUGUACACAAAAAAAUUUGAGAAACACGCAAAGAAAGUGAGAAAAAUUGUUUAAAUGUUCAACUUGAAAGAUUUCUUAAUUGUAUGAGAUUAUAGACCCUAGUUGACCCAACCCGAACAUGUAAAUAUCAGAUGAAUUUCGAAUCGCAAUCCCUAUAUCGCAUAAUUAAAUAUACAUAUGUAUAGACACCUAGUUCGGCUAAGAACCACACAUGUUUAAAGGAAAGAAAACUCAUGCCACACACACACAACACCCACACAUAAAAACAGAUGAUUAACCAUUAACGAUUUAUAGAUGUUAAGUAUUUUAUGCGUCGAUUUUGUAAAUCCAAAUCUUAAGAGGAAUGUUGUAACUUUUAGACCAAGCCCAAAAUGAAAAGCAAACGCAAAACCCCAUUAAAAAUCAGAGAAUCCUCCCCUUCACAGAAAUGAGCAGAAAAGUAAAUAAUGUAAUACAAAAAUAUAUUGUUGAACGAUGCGUGUCGCUGUAAAAUUUUUAGCAUAGAAAUUUUAAACGAAAUAAAUUUAAAUGUAACAAAA